CUCUCACCAACAAAAGAGACGACGAUCAGCGUGCUGCCGAUGAACUCUCACUUCACUUCGCCCGGUUCGCCGAGCAUAGCUCACGGCUCGCACAGCAUUCGCCUUUUCUCACCGAUGUUACAGCUCUUCGCUGGAGCUGCAGCAGCAGCAGCAGCACCGACUGUGUCGCUUUGGAUUCGUUCGUUUAGUUCGCCGCGUGCUUUCGUCCGAGUGACAGUGUCGGGAACCUACCACCGGGAGAUUCUACACGGUAGUGGCGCGAUUCGGGUUCGGUUCAUAGACUACAUACACACGGUGCGGAAAGUGGUGCAGUUGCGUGCGCGAGAGAAGUGGCGACGUGGGCUCCGGUGUGUGCUGUGUUCCACUAGGCCACUCGGCCCUCGAAGGUAUUUUAUUAUUCCUGUUUCUUCACCGUGGUCGUCGUCGUCGUCAUCAUCAUCGUUCGUCGCGUGUCGCAAUCCUUGCCGCUGCUGCCGUUUUUCGAAGGAGAACAGCCGUCAGGCUUCACACGAGAUUUAAUCCAAGCGCAAUGUGGUGAAACACCGGACCGGCCUCUGCAGUUCGCGAGUGUACCGUUCAAUUAAAUUCCUUCAUAUACAUACCCACACGAAUGCAAAUGCAGACGAAGGCGUGUGGAAGCAGGCCAGCAGCAGAAGCAGCACCAGCAUGUGCUUGAAAUUAUUCAGCUAAAGAAAAUAAAUAUUCAAGUGUAGUUGGGGUCGAUGUCGGGACGACCGGAAGAAAGAAGAGGAGCGUGGAAAAAUAAAUGUGAUUAAAUUGAUUGAAAAUUCGUAUGGAAUUAAUUCGAGCGAGCUAGGUGCGAUCGGAAAUCGUGUUUUGGGUCGGUCGGUGCUUGUUUUCUUUCAUUUUUUUUCUGUGCCGUGGGGAAGUUCUGUGUGUUUAUCAAUGGAACAACAGAAGCAGAAGCAAAAGCAGCGUUCACGUUUCGAGCGAGCAGGCCGUUGAGACCUCUGGCGGUCUACCAACGUGUUGUUUUUCGUGGUGUUUGUUGUGAGCGUGAAAUCUUCGCAAAGAGAGCAAAAGUGAACCUGUUGAAGGAAGAGCUUUUGGUUGGGCCAGCAAAACCGUGUGAAGCAGUGAAAAUCAUUAAUCUACCGGCAGCAGGGUGAUGAUAUAAAGUUCAAAGAAAGCAGUGUGGGGUUUUUGCAAGCUCUGAAAGCGAAGAAUACAAAGUCCUUAAUCAAAGCAGAAAGCAGUGAGAAGAAGAGGGAUAACCUACUGCACCGGCAUCAAUCAGCUGUCACGAGCAAAACAACCCGCAUUCAUCAAGUAGGAUUAGUUGGCACGCACACAUACACACAUUUGUAGUUUCUCGCCACGACCAGAAGCCACCAGACCAGAUCAGACAACAGAUAACUUGUGUGCGUGUGCGACUGCCUCAACAUCCUGUGCUGUAUUUUGAAGGUAAAUAACUUGCUGACUGAGAGCCGUUUUCCUUUUGGAACCCUCCCACCAUCGCAUCGCCAUCGCGUCGUCGAUGAGGCGGUAAUUCAGGACAGGGAAAGUAAUUGGCACACGCCAAGCGAGAAGAAAGUUUCGCAAAAGAUGCUGCUUGAGCCUAACAUGAGCUAACGCUAGCCGAAGAUGGUCCCAGCUGUGGGCGGAGUGUCACGAGCGCGGUUACUCACCUUUCUUCUGCUGGCCCUGACGGAAGUGAUAGCUCGCGCUCUAGGCGACCCCGCUCAAUACUCAAAUGCAAAUGUUGCCCUCAACACACAAGACCCAAUCCAGCAGGAUGAAGGCUUCACGGUGCCCAAGUAUACCUUCCAGUUCGCCCACUCGGUGUACAACGUAUCGAUCCCGGAGAACAGCGUCGGAAAGACGUAUGCCGUGCAACCACCGAACGAAGAUCGAAUGGGCUUGUACGUAACCCCGGAGCUGGACGUCAAGUACAAAAUCGUAAGUGGGGACAAAGAUAAGUUCUUCAAAGCGGAAGAGCGGCUGGUAGGGGAUUUCGCUUUCCUCGCUGUCCGACUACGUACAAGCAAUGUUGUGCUAAAUCGAGAAAAAGGCGACAGCUACCGGUUAGAAGUCAAAGCCACUGCCACCAAGCGAGAAGGCAAGAGUCGAAUAUCACUGGAAGCGGACACGGUCAUCGACGUCAAGGUGCUAGACACAAAUGACCUCAGCCCUCUCUUCUAUCCGACCGAGUACUCCGUCACUAUCUCGGAGGACACCCCACUGCACAAGAGCAUCCUCCGGGUCAUAGCCGAGGAUGCGGAUUUGGGCCUCAAUGGGGAAAUCUACUACAGCAUCCUGGACGAGACGGAGCAGUUUGCGGUUCACCCGACAACCGGUGUCAUCACGCUGACCCGACCGCUGCGAUUCACGGACCGGUCGCUGCACGAACUGACCGUAACGGCCAAUGACCGCGGCAUAGGCUCCACCAGCCGAAGUCAAGCCAGCAAGGCACGGGUGAAAAUUAAAAUUCGACAGGUCAAUCUAUUUGCACCGGACAUCUAUGUGCAGUCGCUGCCGGACAUUCUGGAGAAUUCCAACACAAACAUAUUUGGAAUCGUCCGGGUGGAGGACAAGGACAAGGGCAUCCACGGCCAGAUCAAAAGUCUGGACAUUGUGGACGGCGACCCGGAUGGGCACUUUCGCAUCAAACCGACGGCACGGCCGGGUGAAUUUGUGAUCGAGGUGCACCGGCUGCUGGACCGUGAAACGGCGCCGGCUGGCUAUAAUUUGACGCUGAGGGCAGUGGACCGAGGGAUUCCCCCGCGGCAGAGUUACAAAGUCAUUCCGGUGCACUUGGCGGAUAUCAAUGACAACGCUCCGGUGUUUAAUCGGGAGAUUUACGAGGUUUCCGUGCCGGAGACGUCACCGCCGAAUACCCCCGUUAUAAGACUGAAGGUGACCGAUAGAGAUGAGGGGAAGAACGCUCAAGUUUUCUUGGAGAUUGUUGGGGGGAAUGAAGGUGGAGAGUUCCGGGUGAAUCCGGAGACCGGGAUGCUUUAUACGGCGGUGCCCUUGGAUGCCGAAAUGAAGGCGUUUUAUACGUUGACUGUCUCGGCGAUUGAUCAGGGCAAUACGGGGACGAGAAAGCAGUCCUCGGCGAAGGUGAAAAUCAAUGUUCAGGACACGAAUGACAACGAUCCGAUAUUUGAGACCAACAACAUGACAAUAUGGGUGGAUGAGAACGAGCCGGCUGGGACGACGGUAACGAAGGUGACGGCCCGCGAUAAGGACUUAGGCGAGAAUGCAUACAUAUCGUACAGUAUAGCGAACUUAAACGAUGUCCCGUUCGACAUCGACCAUUUCUCCGGAGUUGUGAGAACUUCUAAGCUUUUGGACUACGAAAGCAUGCGACGAGAAUACGUGUUGCGGGUGCGAGCCUCGGACUGGGGCUUGCCCUACCGACGACAAACCGAGAUGCAGCUGAUCAUCAAGCUGCGAGACGUGAACGAUAACCGACCGCAGUUCGAGCGGAUCGACUGCGUGGGAAGGAUACCGCGGUACACGCCGAUUGGGACAGAGAUUUUCAACCUAUCGGCGAUGGACUUUGAUUACGGGAGUGUUAUGACUUAUCGAAUGGUUGGGGGUAACGAGGACGGUUGUUUCAAUCUGGACGCGGGAAGUGGUGUGAUAACGAUCGGCUGUGAUUUGAAUGAUAUCGGGGUGGAAUUCCGGGAAGUGAACGUAACGGCUACGGAUGGUACUCAUUAUGCGGACACAGCAAGAAUACAGAUCAGUUUGGUGCGGAAUAAGCGGAACUUGGGAGGGAGUUUGAAGGCCGAGGAUGGGGCUUCGUUUGAAUGCAGGGAAACGGGUGUCCGACAACGGCUCGUCGAUAUCCAGGCGUCCGCGGAGAGGAACAACAUGCCAGGAAAGGAUGUUAGCAAUGGUGAUGACUUCGCAAUGAUGCCAAGCAGAUACGGCGAAAAUGUCCAUGCUCCUGAGUUUGUUGAGCUUCCAAUGGAAGUGAAAGUCAAUGAAUCCAUACCACUUGGAACGACAAUAACGUGGAUCAAGGCAAGAGAUCGAGAUCUUGGUUACAAUGGAAAGCUUGUGUUCGGAAUAUCUGGAGGUGACGACGAUUCAGUUUUUCGAUUAGAUCCUGAUAAUGGAGAACUUAAAAUCAUUGGAUACCUGGACAGAGAGCGCCGUGAUGAGUAUCUGCUCAACAUAACCGUCUACGACUUGGGUAAACCGCAGAAAUCCGUAUCCAAGGUGCUUCCCAUCACUGUUCUGGACGAGAACGACAACGUUCCAAAAUUUGAGAAAUCUCUCGCCAGCUUCCGAGUGACCGAAAACGCUCUAAACGGAACGAUCAUCUUCCGAGUUAAUGCCACUGAUGCCGACCUGGGCAUCAACGCCAAAGUGACUUACAGUAUGAUAACGGACACGAAAGACUUCCGAGUUUAUCCGGAAACUGGGGUCUUGUCUGUGAUAGCUCCACUGGACCGUGAACGUCAGGAAAUCUACGAACUGAGGAUCCGAGCGACCGAUGGAGGCGGUAAUCUCAACACACCUGCCCUCUACUCCGAAGCUCUGGUACGCGUAACGGUGGACGACAUCAACGACAACGCCCCGGAGUUCAGUGUUCAAGAUCUCAACGUUCGAAUCCGCGAAGAUGUGCCCAAGGGAACGGUGGUAACCGUCGUGUCUGCCAUCGACUUGGACCGUGGUCCCAACAGUGAAAUCAUGUACAGUUUCGGUGAAAAUGGAGACGGUGAAGGUUCGUUCAAGAUCGACAAACUCUCCGGUACGAUCAGAACGGCCAAACUAUUGGACUUUGAAGAACGUCAGGUGCACAGUCUCAUAGUGAAAGCAAUCGAUCGGGGCACACCCUCUCUGUCAUCCGAAACAUCCGUGAUAGUGGAAAUAAUCGAUGUGAACGAAAAUCGAUACGCGCCACAGUUUGAGGACUUUGUCCUGACUGGUACAAUAACGGAGAACAAACCACCGGGUGCACAUGUGAUGCAGGUGACUGCCAAAGAUAACGAUCCGCCCGGUCCGGAUUCCAGAGUCAGCUACUCCAUCAAGGGUGGCGACGGCCUCGGAAUAUUCGCCAUCGAUAACGAAGGUGUCAUCCGGACGUUGGCGUCGCUGGAUCUGGAAUCUAAACCCAACUAUUGGCUAACGGUUUGCGCCCAGGACCAGGCGGUGGUGCCACUGCACUCGUGUGUUCAGGUCUUCAUCCAAGUCCAAAACGAAAACGACAACGUCCCGCUCACGGAGGAAGCCGUCUAUUAUCCUUCCGUGCCGGAAAGUAGCCCCAGUGGGGUUAAAGUGCUCCAGCUGAUUGCCGAAGAUCGAGACAUCGACCCGCUGCAGCAGGUUUCCUAUCGCAUCACCUCGGGAAACCCGGAGGGCUUCUUUGCAAUCAACGGCACUAGCGGUUUAAUUACAACUACUGCCAGGAAGCUUGACAGAGAAAACCAAUCGGAGCACAUCCUCGAGGUGUUGGUGUCGGACAACGGAGCCCCUGUGCUAUCUUCCACCACCCGAGUCGUUGUUCAGGUAGAGGACGUAAAUGACCAUGCUCCGGAAUUCGACCAAAAGCUGUACAAAGUCCAAAUCCCUGCGAACGCCAAGGUGGACCAGGCACUGUUUCAGAACGAUUACGCAAGUGGAUCGUACGACCACCCCGAAGCGGAACCGGCGGAAGGCGAUUUCGGCCUGAUGCAGUCCGAUCCGGACGCCGGCCUGGACGAGGCUACGUGGGAAAGCUAUCCGGAGAAAGAUUUCCGCGGGCUGCAAGUGGUUCUCAGGGUACUGGCCACCGAUCAGGAUAUUGGCGAGAACGGUCGGGUAACGUACUCCAUCAAAUCAGGCCGCGGUAAAGCGAAAAAGUUCCGCAUCGAUCCGGACACCGGUAUCAUCUAUGCGGCAAAAAGCUUCGAAGUGGACACCGAGUACGAUUUGAUGGUCAAAGCCGAGGACAAUGGUGUUCCGAAAAAAUCACAACAGGCUCGGGUCAGCAUUGCCGUUGUCGAAGUGCCGGGCAAAUCGGAAAACCCACCGGUGCUCAAAACUAUCGACCAGCACGUGGAAGUGACGGAAAGUGACACUCCGGGCUUCCUGGUGGCACUCAUUCAAGCAGUGGAUUAUGAUGGGGAACAACUGUGGUACGACAUUGUCGGUGGGGAUGACCGGAAUGAAUUUUACAUCGGACGAGACAAUGGCAACGUUCUGCUGGCCAAAUAUUUGGACUGGGAAACCCAGAAGGAGUACAAUCUGACGAUAAGCAUCUCCGACGGGGUGCACGUUGUUUACACGCAACUGUACGUUUCGGUAAUUGAUAUAAAUGAUCACCGACCGGAGUUUACGGAAUCACUGUACCGGGUGGACAUUUCGGAGAGCAUCGAGGAGGGCACCGAGGUGCUGCAGCUGCACGCAACCGAUGCGGACGAGGAUAAGAAGUUGUUUUACAGCUUACAUGCGGCACGUGAUCCCGUUUCACUUAAGCUGUUCCGUGUCGAUUCGGUUAGUGGGAGUAUUAUUAUGGCGCACAAAUUGGACCGCGAGGCGCUGGCGGAGCACGUGUUGAUUGUUAUUGUAAAAGAUCAGGGGACUCCAGCAAAACGAAAUUAUGCAAAGGUUAUUAUUACUGUGCAUGACCAUAACGACCACGCUCCGGAGUUCACCAGCAAAAUUGUACAAGGGCGCGUGUACGAAACUGCUACCGUCGGCACGAAAGUGGUACAGGUUUAUGCAAUCGACCGAGAUAUUGGGGACAACGCCAAAAUAACCUACUCGAUUGUAAGCGGAAACAUCGGAAACGUUUUCAGUAUUGACCCUAACAUGGGAAUUAUCAGCGUCGUCAAAGAUCUUGACAUAAGUGCCCUCUCGGAGUACAUGCUACAGGUUAAGGCUUCCGAUGGUGGUAAACCAUCACUUUCCUCGCAAAUUCCUGUACACGUCAUGAUUAACAUGGCAGAUAAUGCUCCUCCAAGAUUCAUUUCCGUCGAUCCGGCAGCCGAAAUCUACGAAAACCUUCCAAUAGGAACCUUUGUCAUCCAUAUCGAAGCGCGAAGCACCUCAUCACUGCAGUUCGAAAUCAUCAGCGGCAACAUAAACGACAUGUUCUUCGUCAAUCCUUCCACCGGCGUCAUCACCACCAAGGACAUCCUAGACUACGAAAACCACAAGUUCUACAAUUUAACUCUCCGAGCGACCAACAUGGCAUCUGCUUCCGCUGAGUGUUCAGUGAUCAUCAACGUCCUGGACAAGAACGACAACACUCCCUACUUCGAACAGCAAGUCUACAAAGGCGAAGUGUCGGAAGCCGCCCCAGUUGGAUCUCUAGUGCUUACUCUAAACGAAGGCAGCCCAUCUAAUGCAAGUCAAUCGGUUGGCUUUGUAAAUGUGUCUCUUCCCCUAGUGAUUAAAGCCAAGGAUGCCGAUUCCGGACUGAAUUCGCUGCUCCAUUAUGACAUUCUGGAGAUGCUGCCGAGGAGAUACUUCCACAUCGAUUCCAGCACCGGAGCCAUCAAGACCAUCAUGCAUCUGGACCACGAGAAGAUUCCGUUCUUCAGUUUUCAUGUGAAGGUAACUGAUCUUGGCAAACCACGCCUCACGUCGGAAACCACCGCCGAGGUUCGUAUCACGGUCAACGACGUGAACGACUGUGCUCCAACGUUCUCCCAGAAGGAAUACAACGUAACACUGCUGCUGCCAACCUACGAGAAUGUCGCCGUCAUCCAGGUGAACGCCACCGAUGAGGACAGUUCGGAAAACUCCACCCUUCGGUACGACAUAAUCGAGGGCAAUCGUGAUGGAGUUUUCGUGAUUGAUGGCGCUAGUGGAGUGAUUACGACACGGGAUGUGGAAAGUAUCGGAUCGUUCUACAAGUUGGGAGUGCGUGUUUCGGAUGGAAAGUUUUCGAAGGUGGCUUAUGUGAGCAUCAGCGUGGAGACAUCCGACAACUCGGGACUGAUUUUCCAGAAGUCGAUCUAUGAAGGAUCAAUUCUGGAGAAUAGUACUAAGAUUGCAACCGUGACAGUUGUCAAUGUGAUAGGCUCGAAUCUCAACGAACACAUUGAGUUCAGUAUCUUGAAUCCAACUGAUAUGUUCAAAAUCGGUCUUACAUCUGGGGCUAUACAGACAACGGGGAAGAAGUUCGAUCGGGAGGUUCGCGAUAACUAUGAAUUGAUUGUGGAAGCCCGAUCUCAGUUGCCAGAUAGAGAGAAACCACGAGUGGCUCACGUCAUUGUGAAUGUAACGAUUCUCGACAUCAACGAUAACUGUCCAAUGUUUGUGAACCUUCCCUACUACGCUGUUGUCUCGGUAGACGACCCUCGUGGAUCCGUAAUUACAAAAGUUCACGCUCUCGACUUGGACAGCUUCGAGAAUGGCGAAGUACGAUACGAAAUGAAACGGGGCCACGGAGAACUGUUCAAAGUGGAUCGCAAAACCGGUGAAGUGACGUUGAAGCAAACCCUGGAGGGACACAACCGGGACUACGAGCUGCUAAUAUCCGCUUACGAUGGUGGAAUUACUCCGUGUUCGACGGAUGUCACCGUGCACGUGAAGGUGAUUGACAAAUCGAUGCCGGUGUUCAGCAAGCAGUUUUACUCGGACACGGUGCCGGAGAACAUCGAACUACACUCGCCGCUCUCGGUUGCGAUCCAGGCGGAAAGUCCGCUGGGCCGGAAACUCAUCUACAGUAUCGUGAAGGGUAACGAGUUGGAGGAAUUUGCCGUUGAUUUCAACACAGCGCCAGACAGUACAAACGGUCCAUGUGCAAUCUACGUGGUGGACGAGCUGGACUACGAGCAGCGGCAAAGUUAUGAACUUUUAAUUAGAGCAACGGACAGCGUGUCCGGUGUGUCGGCGGAAGUACCGGUGUCGGUGCUGGUGCAGGACGUCAACGACUGUCCGCCGGAGAUCGAGCAGGAUAGCUACAACAUUACCGUUUCCGAGCGGGCCCAGUUCGGGACGGCCAUUCUGAAGGUGCAAGCCAAGGAUAAUGAUACCGGUAUCAAUCAAGUCGUCACAUAUGCUCUACAAACAGACAGUAAAAACACUUCCGAGUACUUCCACAUGGAUCCAACGGAUGGAGUAAUCUAUCUAAAGAAAUCUCUGGAUCACGAAACCCUAAGCCACCAUCAUUUCACGGUCAUUGCAAGCGACAAAGGUGUCCCCAGUCUCAGCUCGACAGCGCACGUGUGGGUCUCCGUUAUGGACAUGAAUGACAAUCCGCCGAAAUUCGAACAACCAUCGUACACCUGUGUCCUGUCCGAGCACGCCACACGUGGCCAAUUCGUCACGGUGGUAUCAGCCUCUGAUCCGGAUUACAUCGAUCACGAUCGCCUCACCUACACCAUAGCCCAGGGCAACGAGCUGCAAACGUACGACAUCAACCCAGUCAGCGGCAUAAUCACCCUGGUUAACAUGCAAAAUUUUGCCGAAAAACAUGUCACCAUUCUGAAUGUCUCCGUCACGGAUGGGGUGUAUACCAGCUUUACCCGCGUGAAAAUUACCAUCCUCCCGGCCAAUCUGCAUAAUCCCACCUUCGAGCACUUGUUCUACGAUGUCAAGGUGAACGAAAAUCAACUGGCUGGUCGACUAGUAACAACGGUCAAAGCACAGGACAAGGACUUCGGGGAAUUCGGACGACUGACGUACUACAUCAUAUCGGACGAAAUCCAGGAGUACUUCUCCAUCGACAAGGAGAAAGGCGAGAUUGUCACCAAGAAGAAGCUCGAUCGAGAGGAUCGUAAGCUCUACGAGGUACCAAUCAUGGCCAUGGAUAGCGGAGGUCGUGCCGGGUUUACCACGGUUCGGGUGAGCGUUGGCGAUGAGAACGACAAUCCACCGGUGUUCCUUCUUCGCGAGUACAAGGCGCUGAUACAGGGGAAUCUGACCGUCAAUACGACAUUCUUCCGAGUCAAGGCAGUGGAUUCCGACGACAAUCAGAACGCUGUGGUUAAGUAUUCCAUUUUCGAUUCGCAAAACAGCGGCAUUAAGGAACUGUUCGGGAUUGAUGAGAACACCGGGGGCAUCUACCUACGUAAGAGUGCUGUACGAUGGGAAAAUCAGCUCUUCCAAUUCUUUAUCCGUGCCAACGACGGCGGAAUUCCAUCCCUAUACACAGAUGUCCCCAUAGACAUCUACAUUAUGAGCUCGGCGGAGAAUCCUCCUGUUUUCGAGAAGAAGGAGAAGUUACUCUUCCUGUCUGAAAGUUCUCUUCCAGGAACGGUCAUCACAAGACUGAAACUGUCCGGAAAUAUGACUGCCAAGUAUCGUAUCCUUUCGGAUGAGCUCGAAGAGCCUCAGUUCUCGAUCAACAAUGUCGGCGAACUGAGGCUGGCGAAAACCUUGGACCGCGAAUUAAAAGACGUCCAUCUUAUCGCCAUCCUUGCUGAGACUGAUUCAAGUCCUCCCCUGACCGCAGUUACAGACGUAUCUCUCCACGUUCAGGAUGAAAACGAUAACACCCCUAUGUUCGAAAGCAAUCCGUACUCGUUCUCCUUAGCUGAAAAUAUCGAAAAGGGAAGUUCCAUCAUGAAGCUGACUGCCCGAGACUCGGACAGCGGAUCCAAUGGGGACAUUCGCUACUCCCUCUCCUCUGACGUGGGAGACAUUGUAAACAUCUUCGACAUUGACGCCUAUACCGGAUGGAUAACUACCCUUGUUCCACUGGACAAGGAGAAACGUGAAGACUACAAAUUCCAGGUCAUCGCAACCGACAACGGACAGCCGAAACAUUCCACACGCACAACGGUUAUCAUUCGGUUAAAAGACUAUAACGACUGUCCUCCAACAUUCAAAGAAUCUCACUACAAAGCGUCUGUUAGUGAGGACGCGCUUCCUGGAACUGUGGUGCUACAAAUAGAAACUACCGACAAGGACGUCGAUUUGAAAACCAGCAUCGAAUACUACAUCAUAUCUGGAGAUCCUCUAUCCCAGUUCCAAAUCAAAAACACCGGUGAAGUAUUCGUAGUAAAGGCACUGGAUCGCGAAAGCAUUUCCCAAUACGAACUAGGUGUCAUUGUCACCGAUGGGAAAUUCACAUCUACAGCAAACAUCUCGGUCACUGUACUAGACGCCAACGAUAAUCCUCCUUACUGCUUGAAGUAUCGAUAUCGAGAGCAGCUAAGCGAAGGAGUUCACCCGGGAACGUUCGUUUUGCAAAUUCAGGCCAACGACAUUGACGAACCGGCAAACAGCAGGCUACGAUUUUAUCUCACUGGUAAUGGAGCCGAAGACUUCAACCUCGAUAAGGACUCCGGUCAACUGAAAACUGCCAGGCAGCUCGAUCGCGAAACACAGUCCAAAUUCCACCUCGUAGCUCAUGUCCAAGAUCGUGAUCAUCCUGGAUGGGAAUGCUCAUCGCAAAUCGAAAUCUCCAUCACCGACUUGAACGACAAUCCACCGGACUUCUCAAUGAACCCAUACAGUGUAACCCUGCCGGAAGAUGCCGAGGUCGGAACGUUGGUUACCAAAAUCCACGCGACGGACGCAGACAUAGGCAUCAACCGCAAGAUCAAGUACUCGUUCAUCGACUCCUACCGGGACCAUUUCAAAAUAGCACCCGACAGCGGAAUCGUAACCUUGGCAAAACCCUUGGAUCGAGAAGUCAAAGCGGUCUACAACUUGACCGUCCGUGCCACUGAUCAAGGCAAACCUUCGCUCUCCAAUUCGGCUUUCCUCGUUGUGAACGUCCAGGACAUCAACGACAACCCGCCGGAGUUCACGUCCAAGCAUUACUUUGCUUCCGUACUGGAAAACAGCUCGAUUGGUACUGAGGUACUCCGGGUUUUGGCAACUUCCAAAGACACAGGUAUCAACGCUGAAAUUACCUAUUCCAUCAUCGGAGGCAACGAACACCGCAAGUUUGCUAUGAACAAUAAGACCGGAGUAUUGUUCUUGUCUGAUGUGGUAGACUACGAGCGAGCUAAGGAUUACUUCUUGACAAUCCAGGCAGUGGAUGGUGGAACUCCCCCUCUCAGUAAUUUAGCCACCGUCAAUAUUUCAGUAGCGGACUGCAAUGACAAUCCUCCGCAGUUCACGGCCAACUCCUACACAGCAACAAUACGGGAAGAUGCACAAAAGGGAGACAAGAUGCUGCAGAUACGAGCGAACGAUAUGGAUUCAGGCGAAAACAGCCGAGUCAGCUACCGGAUCGAGCGUGGAGAUCGAAUGGGUCAGUUCGCCAUCGAAGAAGACACCGGUUACAUCUCUGUCGCUGGAACUCUUGAUCGCGAAUCCAUAUCUAGCUACGUUCUGGAGGUUCAAGCUAAUGAUCAUGGAAGUCCCUCGCUGUCCACCUACGUAUUGGUGAACAUUGAGAUUUCCGAUGCGAAUGACAACCCUCCUCUGUUUACCAGCAAGAACUACACCGCGGUGGUGCAAGAAGACAAACAAAUCGGUUUCACGCUGCUCAAAUUUGAAGUAACCGAUGCAGAUGCUGCUCCCAAUGCCGCUCCUUACACCUUUGACGUACGCUCGGGUAAUGAUGGAGGCGCCUUCCGUAUCGAACAGGACGGAAUACUACGAACGGCAUCUCGCUUCAACAGCAAGAUCAAGGAUACAUAUUUGCUGGAAAUUCGAGUAUUCGAUAACGGAUCACCCCCGCUGUACUCGGACACAUGGGUUUCGAUAAAGGUCAUAGAAGAAUCUCAAUACCCUCCGGUUAUUACGCCACUAGACGUCUCGAUCAACUCAUUCCACGACGAGUAUCCGGGAGGAGUUAUUGGUAAGGUGUACGCCACCGAUCAAGAUCAGUACGACACGCUGACGUUCUCGCUAGCGCCAACCGCAGGCGUCCUGUACUCCCCGAUGAAUCUGUUCAACAUAUCCCGUAACGAUGGUGUUCUGUACGCCUUCCCUCGUCUGGACGUCGGCGACUACCGAGUUAACGUUACCGUUUCCGAUGGCAAGUUUUCUUCGUACACCAUAGUGAAGGUUGCCGUUGAGCUCAUCACGGAUGAGAUGCUCGCCAACUCGAUCGUAAUCCGCUUCACCAAAAUAAGUCCGGAAUCGUUUAUCCUAAGUCAUCGAAAAGGUUUCAUCCGUUCGGUUCGAAACUCGAUGGGUUGCAAAAUAAAGGACAUCAUAAUCAUCUCCGUUCAGAAGUCGAACGACGACAUCAACCUCAUUCACCACCGUCUACGAAGGGAAUCGGGUCUGCAGAACGUUACGCAGCACUACGAGAGAAGCCGCUCCAAGCGUGGAACGCUUCACGAUUUAGACGUGCUGUUCACAGUCCGAAAAGGCCAGCUAGGUUACUAUUCAGCCUACGAAAUACGCAAGGCCAUCGAUGACAACCUCGAAGAAAUCGAGGACGCCACCAAGCUGCAGAUAGACGAAGUAGUCAAAUCGAAAUGUCUUCCGAACUUCUGCAUCCAUGGCGAAUGCGAAGACAAGCUGGUGCUGGACCCGAAAAUCGUCAAUCCAAUCUCGACGGAUGUAACCAGUUUUGUUUCGGCACGUCACGUCCAUAAGAUGGAAUGCAGCUGCAAGGAAGGAUACGGAGGCGACAAGUGCCAGCACGCGGUGAACGAGUGUUCGAAAUCACCCUGUCCCAACUACAAGAACUGCAUUCCGGAUUCCUCCGAUCAAGGCUAUCACUGUAUCUGCCCGGAAGGUUUCGCAGGUCCAAAGUGCGACCGGGACAUUAGUAAGUGCAAUGAUGAAACAUGCUACACGCCGAGGAAUCCGGUUUCGUUCAGCGGAAAAAGCUACGCGCAGUAUCGGGUGGAGAAGGAGAUCGCGAAGAAAAAUUUGGAGGACCAGCUGAUGUUGAGUCUACGGAUCAGGACGGUACAACCGACUGGGAACAUUAUGUUCUCGGCGGGUAAGGUCGAUUACAAUAUAUUAGAGAUUGUGAAUGGAGUGGUCCAGUAUCGGUUCGAUCUGGGUUCCGGAGAGGGCAUGGUCAGCGUUACCAGUAUUUUCGUAUCAGAUGGCUUAUGGCACGAGGUGCGGUUGGAACGUGAAAGUAACAGCGCAAGGGUGAUUGUGGAUAACAAGCACGUUGCAAGUGGUAACGCUCCGGGAGUUAAUGGUGUACUGAAUCUGCAGUCGGAUGAUAUCUUCUUUGGUGCCGAGGUGAAGCAACACCCGACGGUGCUAGGGUUCGAGGAUAUUCAGCGAGGUUAUAUGGGAUGUAUGGAUGAUAUCAAACUGUCGAAGGUGCCUGUUCCGCUGCAUAUGAACGGUGCUAGUUCCGUGGCUAGUCUGCGCCGGUUUGCCAAUGUUGAGUUCAGCUGCGAUGCGUCAUCUAUUCUGGUGCCUUUGGGAGUUUGUGGAACUCAGCCCUGUUGGAAUGGUGGCACGUGCACGGAUAUUGGUGCAGGAAAUUUUGAAUGUUUGUGUCAUUCGAGAUUCUCGGGACCUUUCUGCAAAGAAGAUCUUGAUCCGUGUGCAUCGUCACCGUGUUUGUAUGGAGGUAAAUGCUUCAAGGCCGGAGCUGGCAACUACACAUGUGACUGCCCAGCAAGAAUGUCCGGAAAGCGAUGUGAUUAUGGUCGGUUCUGUACACCGAACCCGUGUCGGAAUGGAGGAGUUUGUGAGGAAGGCGACGAUGGCCCACUGUGUAUGUGUAGAGGAUAUACUGGGUUGACGUGUGAGAACGACAUAGAUGAAUGCGAAAAGCAACCUUGUGGAAAUGGAGCGACGUGCAUCAAUGAAGCUGGAAGCUUCCGGUGUGUCUGUCCUCCGGAAACGACAGGUACAAGCUGUGGAGAUCCAAUGAACUCAUUCCCUCUGAGAAUCCCAUUCAAUAAAGUGACACAGGAACAGUGGAUCAUUGUAGGAUGCAGCAUAGCCAUACUUGUAAUUUUGGUUAUUGUUGUAUGGGGAGUAGUAUGCGCAUGCCGGAAAAAGAGACGAAGACAUCGUCACGAGAAAAUAAACAACGAUCCGAAAGCAAUGGUGCUCAAUCCUGUCUCAGAUUCGCAAUAUAAACGAACAUCCAAAAUGAGCAACCUAGAAAUCAUGCAACGAGAUGCACAGAGACCUGUUUCGUAUACUCCAAGCAGUAACAACGACCAUGCGUACACUUGCAACGCAAUGCUGCAGUACAACAAUCUGGAUACUUUGAGGAGCUAUGGUUCGGCUGGAGAUGAACUAGAGAACGUUCCUCCCGAAUACCGUAAGGCCUCUUGCCGUCCGAAUCAACAGAUGGUUAACAUCAAUAGUGGACACCCCUCAAGUGACACAGAUUCCCUUCACAAGCAGAAAUGGGCCGAUCACAUGCAGACCUUCACCGACAGCAAAAUCAACAACGAUCUUAAGCGACUCAGCCCGAUCUCAUCGCUGGAAUCCCACCGAUCCGUUUCGCUGAAGCAACAACAGACGGGCAUUCUGCAGGGUCGACUGCUCAAUAUGCCACACUCGCCGACCCAUCUGCAGCCGCCGCACAGUUUCGAGGAAUCGCCCGGCCUAUCGCAGGGUGCCUACCACUGGGACUGCUCCGACUGGGUUGGUCGGGGGCACCACCCACUGCCAAACAUCACCGAGGUCCCCGGCAGUGAGGUACCGGACUCGUCCAGCUUCCACAGCAACGAAAGCAACGAGUCCCACCCGAAAAACAACCUGCUACCUCCGAUCCUUGGACCAGUUGACCCGGCCCGGGACAUCGAAACGCUGAACGAGGACAACGAGUCCGAGUUUGUGGACGAUUCCGAGUGUGACCAGAGCGAGCAGCCGCUAUCGUUGGGCUUCGAGCAAAAUACUUCCAUUCCAUGUCUGAAUCCUCUCGAUAGCGGCAGUGAGGACUACAGAUUCAAUACAGUGCCUUUAAAAGUUAAUACACCUGAUAGUUAUCUACGACACCCGAACAGCUACUUACCCAAGUACAAUAUCCAGAGUGAAACGGAAGGUGAGAGUGCACCGCUGACCGGCGGUGUGGGUAGCCGAAAGCCAUUGAACGGACUGGAGAUCGGUCCCCAUCAGCUGGUGGAGUCUGACGACGAGGAUAUCCAGGCGUACGGGUUCCCGCAAAAACGGCGUAACCGUCGAGAGCCGAGUGAUAUCGACUUAGUUCUACACAGUGGAGGUGAAGGCAGCUCCCUACUCAGCCAUCCCCGAAAUCUGAAUAGUUCCAACCAUUCGAAUAGCGACCUAUCGACGCAUUUGUGCGAAAUUGACGAUUCCGAGUACGAGCAGGAACAACUGCAGCUACCGAUGCAUCAACCGAUGCAACAGCAUCAAUCCACUUCAUCCCUCUCAUCCGGCGGGCCAGGCCGGCCCAAACAGAACAAGGUCAAGUGGGCCAACAUCGUGCAGCAAACGGAGGUCUGACAGCAGCUCGUCGGCAGCGACCAUUUAAUAGUGCUAAACGCCAAGACUAACUCUAGCAUUAGUACACUUUUGAUACUGUUUUCUAGGUUAACUUAUUUUAUUUAUUUUAACGUCAAACUCUCGUAAUAGCUAUACUAUGUGUCGUGAGAUCAUCAUACUAUACUAUGUUUGUGUUAAGAUGAUUCGUUCAGUUUUACAACAGGAAAGAAGUUGUGCAAGCAAAAAUCAAAAUUUUUAUUAGCGAUCUCUCUAUUUUUGUCACAAACAAUUCCUAGCAAAAUCAUCAACAAGUGAAGGUUGGAGACGGAGACAUAAUUACAUAAGUAGGAUAAUGAAUUUACACAACCCAACUUUGUAUAAAGACAGAAUCAGAUAGUUCAUUAGAAAACCAACUUAAGCCGAUCUUAGGUCGAAUCACGUAAUGCAUCAUACACGCAACAAGGAAGACGACGAACAACAUUGAGAUUAAAAUCACACACACGAAAGCCGAUUCUCACGCAUUAUCAAAACACACAAGGUUCACUGAAAACCACGGUAAACGGCGAAAUAGGAAAGUGUAAGAUAGUAUUUGUUUAGAAGAAAAAAAAAAGUUGACUUGGAAUGCAGCUAGUAAAAGAAACUCGUAAACUUCACAUAGCAUUGUAAAACAAUAAACAUUGGCAGACAAAAAAAAACGUUAGGUCUAAUAUUUUCAUUGAAAAUUUAAAAAGUCUAUAUAGAGAAUAAGAUUUUUUAUUGCGCAGGUACACUGUUCGAAAGAGAAUACAAUCAAUGACUGAUACAAACAAACAAAACAAUGUGAGAUGAAAAAACAACUAUUUUAUAUUUCACAGACUUCAAAAUAUCAACACGCUCGAAGAAAGAUUUCAGUUCAUGUUAGGCAAGGAAGUUUGACUCAUGUUUUCCAUUGUAACACAUUGAAACUAAAUUGCAAGAAAAACAGGAUGUAUGACAGUUUUUGGAGGAAAACCAUCAACCAGUAUUCAAUUUAUUACAUUUUAACAUUAUUCCUUACAGUCUUACUAAAAUCUUCUUUUAUUCAGAAGCUGCCUAUUUUGUUCUUCAAUUGUUCAAUUCCUUGCAGCUUAACUGGUUUAGUUUAACCCUUAACAUGCAUACUUUGUUAAUUCCAUGGUGCUCUACUUACUCUUGAAACCUACGAAGCCACAUCAAAAGCUCACUGUCAACUAUACCUGCUUGUUUUUUUUACGAAAUCUGAUUGUACGUCUUUGUCAGAAUACAGCUAAGCUCUAGGACAAACGUUAAUAAUAUAUUUGCCAUUAGACUUUCCCUUCCUAUUUGGUAGCUACAUUUUUGUUCUCUGUAUACUCGUAUCAAUUAACAUAACGAAACACUUAGGUUAAUUUCAUAUAAAUGUUCAAAUAAUUUAAUGUCAUCAUUUCGUAACCGAACGACUGGAGUUAAAAACGAGGAAAGAAAACAGCAUUUAGGGACACAAUAUAUCAAAAAUUGAAAAAAAAGAAUGACGACGAUGAUGAUUUACAUACCACAUCGAGACAUCGUUUAGUUCAUAAUUUUGCGUAGGCGUCGAGUUCGAGUUGAUCACAAACCGUCGGAUUUCUACGGUUCCACAAAACUGACGAAAAUUUAAGGAAGCAAAAUUAGGAAAACACACAAACACACUCGUUCGUCUCGGAGAAUGAAAGCAUUUAUUCUGAUCAACCGUAGUGGAUAGAACAUUUUUAUGUAUUUGUUUAAGACAGAAUAAAACACGUGGAACAUCCGAAACAUUAUUUAACAUUGAGGAAAAUAAAGAAUCUGAAGAAAAUAAACUUUUUAAUAAAAAAAAAA